GUGCAUAUCAGUCGUACGUUGAUUACGCUCCCUGAUGGACUGGUUUGCGGUUUCUUCUGUGUUGUUGAAACUUUUGUUUCCGCGAUGUAUGUGAGUGGUGAUCCCUCGCUUUCGCACUGCCCCGUGGCGGGUCCAAUGCCGGACACCGGUUGGGCCAACCAAUGCCCAGUCGUGGGUUACGGCCAAUGGAACGUUCAGCCACCGGACCUAUGUUACAGUGUUUACAAUCCGAGGUUUAGUGAACCAGUGCAGUGUCGAGACUUCUAUAAUGCCCGACAAGGGUACAUCCCUCAGCAGUACCACUGUCCGGUUCAGAUGGUUCCGAGACGGCCGCCCGUGAUCCCUAACCUCCCAUGCCAGCAGACUCCUCAGUGGAAUUACAACUCGUGCUACGACGUUGAUGGCGGGCCUUGUCAAUACACCAACGUGGUCGACUUGGAGGAUUUCAUGAACAAUGAAAAGCGGAAGGAGAAGUCCCGCGUGGCCGCUCGGUGCAGGCGCACCAAGGAGAUGCAGAUCUUCUCCGAACUGACCGCUGCCCUCCCGGCGAAGAAGGAGGAGGUUGAACAGCUGGACAAGGCGUCUGUGAUGCGCUUGGCCAUAUCCUACCUGCGCGUCCGCGAUGUCGUCUCUAUGCUUCCCGUCGAUGCCAAUGAUCAGCCGAAGCUGCCCGAUCCUAAGGGUCUGGAGGAGGUGUCUUCCGAGCUGUCCUACAUGAAGGCUCUGGACGGCUUCGUGUUCGUGGUAUCCCAGCAAGGGGACAUUGUGUACUGCAGCGAGAACAUUGCCGAUCACCUUGGAGUGUCUCAGAUGGAGAUCAUGGGGCAGAGCGUAUUCGAAUUCAGCCACCCGUGUGAUCAUGAUGAGGUGCGCGAAGCUUUACGCUCCAGCGGCAACGGCAGGAGGGAGCUACUCCUGCGCCUGAAGUGUACACUGACGAGCAAGGGCAGGAACGUCCAUUUGAAGUCUGCGUCUUACAAGGUGAUCCACCUAACCGGCCACAUGCUGACCCCAGGCAGUAAGAGCAAGCAAGAAAACAACAACAACAAUGAGAAAGACGAAGACAAAAAAUCUCUGAAGACCGGUUCACUAGUAGCAGUGGGACGGCCUAUCCCUCACCCGGCCAAUAUCGAGAUCCCUCUGGACAGCAAAACGUUCCUCUCGCGCCAUAGUCUGGACAUGAAGUUCACAUAUACUUAUACUGACGCCCUGAAGAAUACUCUGGGAUUCGAGCCAGACGAACUGGUCGGCCGGAACCUGUACGAGUAUCAUCAUGCUGCCGACAGCGCUGCUUUGGCCCAGAACUUCAAGUCAUUGUUCUCGAAGGGGCAAUGCGAAACUGGGCAGUACCGCUUCUUGGCCAAGUCCGGGGGCUACGUCUGGGUCCAAACCCAGGCCACUGUCAUCAACGACAAGCAGCAGAAGCCUGUCAGCGUGGUCUGCGUCAAUUACAUCAUAAGCGGUAUCGAGUGCAAAGAUGAGGUGUUCGCUGCGCACCAAUUGCAGCACGUGGACCUGAAACCAGUUGUGGUCGAGAGCCCACCAGAGGUCACGCCUGUCGCGCCCCUAGCGGCCAUUGAAAUUACCGAGGAGCCCGUCGCCCCACAACCAGAGGAAGAACGCCCCAUACCUGUCACAGAACUCAUAUUCGCACCACGCAAGCAAGAAAUGAAUAAAGGAUUUCUCAUGUUCUCGCCAAAUCAGGGUCUUACAAUGCUUAAAGACGAGCCGGAAGAUCUGACUCAUUUGGCACCCACCGCCGGUGACACGUGCAUUCCCCUGGAGAAUAGUCCAUUCGAUAUGUUCGAUGAAUUCAUGUUGAAUGAUAAUUACUGCAGUUUACUGGGUGACGAUUUGACUAAUGGAUCGCCAGUUGACUCUUUGACUCCAGAGUCGUUAUUGUUAGCGUCCUCGCCGGAGGCUCAUGAAACAGAAUCAUCAUGUGAACCGUCUUUGUUAACGGAAUUGUCACUGGACACAUUCGACAGCGCGAGGUCAGAAAAUGACGUUGAAGAAGGAAACUCCCCAUUUAUACCUAUGAAUGAUGAGAGGCCCGUACUGGAGCCGGCAGUUAUGUGGGGGGCGCUGCCAGAUAGCGUGAGCCAAGCUCGGCCUCAGCGCUCAGAAGUACAGUCCGCGUCGCCGGCGCCUGCGCUUCAGCGCUUGCUAGCAGCCCCCACCACGGGCCCUCCCCCACAGGAUCUCAUUACUAAUAUUUACUCAGAUCAAGGUCUAAUACCUUGUAGUAUGCCGUCAUGGGACACAGGACUCAAAAGGGUGUUGAAACAAGAGGAGGAGCCGAGUGCAAAGCGCGCCAAGCGUAGCCCGUCGCCGCCGUCGCCCAGGCCCACGCCGACCAGCACGCAGUCCUCCAGCGUCCUCAUGAACCUCCUGCCGCUGGAAGCAGCAAUACAGCAGCAGAGGGCGCAGCAAAACAAGUUCAUCCCGAACUACCAGCUACUCAUGGUCCCGCAAAACGUUCCCCAGCACACCAUCAACAAAAAUAACAUACCCAUACCCGUCAUCAAUAUCCAGAACUUACAGAACAAACAGAUGCUACGCCCGAAUACGCCCGCAGCCAAUAUAAUGCGCACAAACUUAAACACUAACCAUAUGAGUCCUCUAAGCGUCAACACAAAUAAUCCUAUGUACUCCCUCCCUCCUAGCCCUAACACCCCUAACUACAGCCCGAUCAUGAGUCCAGCUCAAAGGGACAGAUUAAUUAGCCCGUAUUCAACCCCUCAAUCCAUGUCUCCAGUAGGCAAGUUCAACCAAAUGUAUAGUCCGGGAAGCGCGAUCGUCUCCCCAGCAGGAAUAAUGCACGCUGGAGACCCGUACUUGACCAACAAAAUGCAGCCGAGCCCCAAUUUCCCGUUCCAACCUGGAGACCUUCUUCUGGACUCCAGCAUGCCAAUACCGUCUUCAGACUUCUGGGAGGACACAGAGAUGCUGCAGGGCACAAACGAACUCCUCACGGCAUUCGAUGACGUCAAAUUAGGGUAGUGUCUUUGAAUGCGGGGUGAUUUCUAACGUCCGGAUCCGUUGUGUUGAAGAAUUAUGUUACCUCAAGCAUUUAUAGUAAGUCCGCCUCGAUUAUUGAAAUGCUACGGUCUACAAGAUUUAUUUGAAUACAUGUUUCCAAUGGGAAUCACUCGCGAAUGAAUGGGUCGCGAAGGGUAGGCUGAAUGUGCUACGGGAUUCCAUAGUCCUUGUUAAAGCGAUGUAUUAUGUUCAAUGAAAGAACGUCUUUGGACCAGAAUUAGAACUGAGUACCUAUACACCGUUUUCUAAUACGGGGCUUUUGUAGAAUACUUUUUGUAAUCUCAUUGAUACUAUUUCUUGUAUUCAUAGUAUUCUAUGUAGUGUAUACUCUAGAAUCUAGAUGAUAUUCAAACGAAUUAGGAAUAUUGCAGGUAUUUUUUUAUCAUGAAUUUUGUAUUUAGCACGUCCAAAAUUUAUCAAAUUCAUCUGUCAUGAAAUUAUCGUAUCGCCCGUCUGUUUGAUUUAAUUUAAUAAAUAAAUAAAAUAAUAUUUUAUGGACUGGAAUCCUGGUUGAUGGAUGAAGUAACGAUGUGACUUAGAAAAAUAAUACUGUACUGUAAGAACGAAUAGUUUAUAUGUUUUAUUGUUAUAGAUAUAUUACACAAUGUAUGAGUGGAUGUAAUAAGGUUUAUAUUAUAGUUAUAGUUAAGAGUAAGAGAUAUAAUUAUUGUAAUAAAAUUUUAACAUUACACCAAUUCAAGACAGUCUCAAAAGAAAAAAAUAUGUGGUUUUGAUAUCAAUAUUACACUAUACUUACUAUAAUUGAACAAUUAAAAUAGUUUAAUGUAAUAUUGAAAUAAUUUUGCCCACGGCAUAUAUUUUUUUACUGACCGUUAAUCGGUCUGAAGUGCUAACAAACACAAUUAAAAGAAAAUUGGCAUAUGAAAUAUACAGACUUUUACAUUUUUUCACAAAAUUUUCAUUAAAAUGGCACUUUAGUGUUAAGUCAAUUCGAAGGGAGGUUUUAAGUAAACGAGGCCUAGUUAAGUUGUUAUUUAAUUUACGAUCAAAAUAUUAUACUCAUUUAGAAGUUAAGGUUACGUAAAAACAUAUAAUUUCCCCAUUAUGUUAUUAUAGUGAAAAUAAAUCGAUGAAAAUAAUAAAAUAUUAUAACACUAUUGUUUCCAAAUUUCACUGCCAUUAGUGUCACAAGUCACAUUUACUAUUAUUUUUAAAUAUUGAACUGAUAUAUUUAUUUUACUGCCCACAAAUUCAUAAAAAAUAUGGCAGCCCUAUACCGGCGUUUUGACACAAUAAGAUAAAAAUAAACAAAAACAUUGUUUUUAAAAUAAAAUGGUGAUUAGACUUUUUUGUUUUAAUUAAAGGGCCUUAAUUGUAUGUGGCAUACAUUUUGUCUAAUCAAAUCAAAGGAGCAUUUAUAUUAUCACAUUGGAAAUGUAAAACCAUUUAUUUACGAAGUUAAAAUCAUAUACCUAUGUAAAGUUCUAGAACAUAAAUUAUAGUGAAUGUUCACCUGUCAUUCAUUAUUUCACGAUUGAAUUAUUUACAUGUCGUUAACUACAUUGUGUUAACAAACACAUGUGGGUAUGUUUUAUCACAGAUAUAAAUAAUAAAUAUAAAUACCCCCAAUGUUAAUCACACACUCGAAUAAUAAACAUAUUGUGAUUGUUUUCUUCCGUAUUUGUACACUAUUUAUCAUCAUAUAAAUAUUAAUUGUAUUACUUAAGUAGGUAAUGUACAACAGAUGAGUUUUUGACUUCUGUACCGUACAGUUUAAGUACAAUCUGGUUAUGAAAACAUUAGGGCCCGUAUUGCGAAACGAUACUCAAAAUUCGACUCAAUCUCAAGUGUAGAUUCAUGCCUUUGAUCGGUUAAGUAGUUUCACAGAGAAUACAAUUUUAGAGUAACGUUUCAGAAUAUGGGCGUAUAACGUAUUACAUCUUUUAAUGCAAUUGAUUUCCCUUAAAUCUCGUUAGUUUUAAUGUAAUAUACAUUACAUUGUAAGCGUAACUAAUUUAAUUUUAAGUUGGGGUCGUUAUUGUUAAUAAACAAUACUUGUGUUGGACAUAUUGACAAUCAAAUCUGUACUGGGUUGGUUACUCUUCGGUAAGUUUGUAUGAGCAAAGCAUUAAUAAAAAAUAGUUUAUGUUAUGAAUAAAUAUAGCGUCAGGGUAGUAGCAAACAUGUUUCAAAAAUUCAACAAAUGUAGUUUUACUUUAUUGUUUACGACUAUCCUGAUUUAUUUGUUUUUAAGUGGGUAGGUAAACGGCAAUAUGCAAUAUUUUAAUCUUUUGAGGUGCCAAAAGUCUUAUAAAAGUUACAACUAAUGUAAAACUCGAUAAAACUGCAAAAGUCUGUAAAAUAAAGCCUUGUACUCAUUAGGGGCAGGCGUUAAGUGACUCGUUACUGUUUUUUGUGUGACCCAAUCUUACAACCUUAAGUGAGCAUGAUCAUCUAAUAUUCGGAGUCACGCGAUCCCUCAGUCGAUGUAGAUAAAUAAAUUGUCUAUGACAUCAUAAGAAAACGUUUAACUAUAAAAUCUCUUAGGUCCACAUGCAUAACUUUAGUUGAACUUAGAUUGUAAUUGUAUUAAUCCUGUUUUGAAAUUCUUUAAGAACGAAUCAAGUUGGUUAUAUGUAUGGUAGCUGCAGUAGCGGGGUUGGAUCCCGCAUGGGUUGACAAAUAAUAAAAUGAUGAGCAUGAUUAAUUUUACCUGGUAUCAAUUAAUUUGUUCUAUAAUUUUCUUUAAUUUGUUAUCUAGGCGCUUUGACACAAGCUCUAUAAACACGAAAAUGUUAUGCAAAUGGGCCUAAGAAGAAAUCAAAUUAAAUUCUCUAAAAACUCUAAAUAAAGCCGUUUGCUGCUUUACCUCAUAUUGUAAGUUUAAACAUACUGCCAAUUUUCAUUAUUUUAUAGCACCUUAUGAACAUUAAUUUCGUAAUCAUGUCAAUUGAAGUCUUGAAGGCUUGUGCCAUAGAAAUAGAAAAUGUUGUUUUGUGGGGAAGUUUAUUGUUUUCUUUCGAUAUCGUAAAAUAUAUUUUGGAAGUCAUUAAAUAUUGAAAUAAAAUUGUAUUAUCUGAUUAAAAUGAAUUCUAUGAUUAUCUAAAUGUAAAUACUGAAUCAGAUUGUUUUAUAUUUAGAUAUUAAAUUUUCUGUCAUUAUC